AUGCAGGGAUGGAAGACGUUGGCGAUGCCCUAUCUUAUCAACGAACAACAACGAGAUGCGAACGACCUCUCUCCGAGGCUGAAACCACCGUUAGAUCCACCCGCGGUUGAUGAACUCUCUUCAAUUGCUAAUGACUUUGCUAGAUUUUUCACUGGCAUAAAAGAGUCACAACUUCAGAGCGGUUAUUCUUCAACGAAAAGUGAUCACCCUCACUCAAAACAACUCAUACCAUGGAAUACGUUUGCAAUUCCAGUCAAAAAACUGGUACCAGUGCCCCCCACAGAUGAUUCCUGUUCUACCAGCAAGGGAGUCAAUCUGUGUGGGGGCACAAAAAUUGAAAGCAAAAAAGUUGAGCAGCCAACAGAGAGCAGAAAGAAUAAUGGCCAAAAAAAUACAUCGAAUCCAAAAUCCAAGAAAGAACCAGCCAAUAAGCAAAUGUUGUCAUUGUUACCAUUCAAACAGCCAUCAAAUAUGCCAAAAAUGUCGAUAGGCAUACAAACGAGUGAUAUAAUUGCGUUAUUGGAUAGAACAAAUAGUAUCGAUGAAGAAUUGCAAUCUAAAUUAAUCAUAAAACCGCAGUUAACGAUUAUUAAACGAUUGAAUGUUGAACAACGUAUCAUACGCAAAGAUCGAUCGACUCAAACUUGCUCCGACAGUGUGCCCACCGAAUUGGAUCUUUUAUUAGCGCUUUUCCCCGAGGAAGCACCCGCCGACCUUGCACAAGUAUUGGAAUUGGGAAACAUUGAUGUAGCAGUCCGUAUUUUCCGUGAAAUUGGUGCCAAAAUGAACGUUUUUGCCCAUUUUGAUCAUGUGGACGUUGGUGCUGAAGAUAUUCUAUUAUCGAGAACUUACGAACGCAGUCGCGUUGAUUCACCCGGAGAGCAGCAACAAUUACCAGUUGUUAACGCUAUCCACGCAUCUGCUGAUAACAAUAGUGAUUUUCAUAGAAAACCAAUCAGAAAUGGUUUUUAUCGAAUGCAAUUAUCCACUGACAUGAUGCAAAAUCUUGGGCAACUAUUCGGAGAUCAUGAUGAGUCGCAGCGAAAGAAUACCAAUUUCGUUGAUUUACCUCUGUGGCAGUGGCGUCAGAUCUACCAAGCCUGGCAGGGAUUACCGGUCACUGGACGUCAUGGAGAAUUGGUCGUUUAUGAGGAUUUCGACGAUGAAUUUCCUGAUACGCUGAACCGUAUCAAUGAAGAAUUCAUU